AUGAAUGCGUAUGCAAGUUGCGCACGACUCGCUCGGAAAACUCGCAUUUCCAGUGCUGGACCGCUGGACUGGGUCAUGGGCCUAUCGCUUCAUCGCAUAAAAGGUAAAAGUCGAGAACUCGGGUUUUCAGCACGGUGCUUCCAAGGUAUCUUCCGUAAUAAAUGUGGAGCACGCAGUGGUUCGGUAACCGCUCGAUGUGACGAAGACCAAGAAAAAUACCGGCCCAUGCGGCCCAUUUCAAUAUGCAAAGCUAAUAAGGUUGGGCUGGGAUACCAGCUUCCAACUUCGGCCAAGGUUGCAAAGAUUUUGAUCAGGUUUGGUUUGGUUAACUCGGAUGAUAGCAGUUGUAACUUGCGGGUUUCCCGUCUCACCUUUCUGGAGGGCACCAUCUGUGAUAGGACAAAGAACAAUUUUCGAGCUCCAUUAAACUGCUGCCAGCAGGUGGGAAUCGUUAGUUACCGACGGCAUGUCCUCUGGAUUUUUGAUUUUGGGGGUUUAGAUUGGUUCAUCCCCACUCCUACCAGCAUAGCGCUGGUGGUGAUCAAGCUCUUUUGCCCCAGUGGCCUAACAUUUGAGCCUUGUGACAACAGUAUUGUUGAGCCAAGAGCGACAACUGGUCGUAUCGAUAAUACUACGGAAGGCAGCCAAGUCCUCGACACAUUCGGAUUCCACUUCAGCGAUGGCACCAAACGCUGUAGGUGGAGGAUUGGCGGUGCCAGCCUCAUCGAGUCAUAG